AUGUCCUCUAAAAAACUAAUUUUUAAAGGUGAUAAAGAACGAAAAAAAAAGAAAAAACGCAAAGUUGAAGAAACAAAAAGUUGGGUUCUCGCGGAAUCAAAAGAGGAUCUUAUGGGACCGUUAUUUUUUAUAUUCAAUAGCGAACCAUUAUCAUGCUUACAUUGUUUUGAAAAUGAUCAUUCGAUCGGUGUAAAAGCUAUACCACCCAAAAAUAACAAUCUAGCAAAUUGUGAACCCGAAGAAGUUAAUGCGGUAUUUGUUGGUGCCAGUAUUGUGGGCUCGUCAUCAGAUCAUCGAAUAACCUUAAAAACAUACGAUGGAAAAUAUUUAGCAAGUGAUAAGUUUGGUGUUAUAACGGCUGAUAGAGAAGCAAUUGGUCCACAAGAAGAAUGGAUCCCAAUCAUUAGAGAUGAUGGAAUUGCGUUGCAAAGUUAUUAUGAUAAAUUUUUAAGCGUUGAUGAGAUUGCUGCUGACGAAGAAGGUGGUGGAGGCGGUGGUAAUAGUAGCGGCAGUGGUAGGUAUAAAUUAAGAGCCGAUGUGGAAACUAUUGGAUUUUGUGAAACUUGGAAGGUAAAGUGUCAGGCUAGAUUACGGAAAAAACAGAAAAUUACUCAAAAAGAAACUAAAUCAAUAAGCGAAUUUGAGGUUGAUCAAAUUAAAAAAUAUCAAGCAUGGGGUGGUGGUAAAGUAAAUAAAACUCAUGAAGAUGUUACAGAAUUGAAGAAAGCUAAAAAAGAAGGGAAAUUUGCAGAAGCAUUGCUUGAUCGUCGUGCAAAGGUCAAAGCUGAUAGAUAUUGUAAAUAA